AUGACUAUUGAUAUUUGUGCUGAUCACCCCAGUGCUUUUUGGAAUCGAAAGAAGCAUAUUGUUACUCUUCCAUAUGAAAAUAACUUCUCUGAAGAUAAUAUUCCUACAAAAUCUCGUCCUUGUCAGAUGAACGCCGAAUUGGCUGAAUGCUGCAAAAAAGAAAUUGAUAAUCUUUUACAAAAGGGUUUGAUAAAGCCUUCCAAAUCUCCUUGGUCUUGUACUGCAUUUUAUGUUAAUAACGCAGCUAAAAAAGAACGAGGGGUACCCAGAAUGGACCCUCCUUGGGUCACGAUAGGACGAGGUAAGGGAAAUAACUCGCGAGGAAGGGGAAGAUCGUCCCCAAAUUCAUCAAGAUCAUCAUAUGGAUCUUCAUCAAAUACUCCUAUAAUACAAAAAGGAGGAAUGAGUUUAUAUAAUUUGAACUCCAAGGUGCAAAAAAAAGCUUCGUCAUCAAUCCAUCUGAAAGAUAUUCCAGAAAAUGAUCCAUUAUAUGCUCAAUUACAAGCAUAG